UGGACACUGGACACUGGACACCGGACAGCCCUAGACACCAGACAGCGAGCAGAUCUGUGAUGGGGGCAGUGAGCGAGCUGGUCCCAUUUGCCCGGGAGAUUCUGAGCCAGAAACCCAACAGGAAGAUGGUGAAGAUCUACGCGGUGGGCACGGCGCUGGCGUUGAUCGGCGCGGUGCUGGGCCUGCUGGAGACGGUGUGUUCGCCCUUCACGCCCGCGGCCGAGGACCGCGUGUGGUCGCUGCGGAGCGCACGGCGGCACGGAGCACGGCGGGAAGAGCAGCCGGCGGCGAAGGGGACGGAGGUGGCAGGCCUGAUGCGUCACCGCAAACACGCCUCGUGACCACGCCCAACGGGGCCAAGGACUGGCCAAGACCCAAGUCCAAGGGUCUCGGAGCAUGGUCGACAAUCGCUGCUGUGUAGCGGAGAUGUAUCUUUAUACCAAAGAUUAUAGAGCGGAGCAAGAUGCGCCACUCAGCGAAAAAAGUGUAGAAUGUCCUGUGUGAUUGUCGACGCCAUUUUACCAGGCUGUUCCCCACACUGUCGUGGCAUCUGCAUCUACACCUCACUGUUCAGUAUAUGAUCUUUGGUCCGCUGUAUGAUCUUUGCUUAAUACCGUCCAGUGGACAUGUGUGUAUAUAUGGUGUUUGUGUGUAUACUUAAUAUACACGUUUGUAUAUACGGUGCUUUGCAUUUUUGCAUUCAAUAAACUACUAUUGUUAUAUUUUUUAAUCAAA